CUCCUACUUAAACGUCCAUGCAGUGUCAACAGAGCCAGUUGUCAGUGGACAAGCAGGAAUAGAAAGAAGACUUCAGCUUCAAACCAGCGCCUUUCAGGAUGAACGCCGAACCUGUUGUUAUCGUUUCUGCCGCCCGGACUCCAAUAGGCUGCUUGAGUGGCGCUCUGUCCUCGCUGACUCUGCGUGACCUUUGCUCGCCUGUGAUAAAGGAUGUUCUGAAGCGGGCUGAGGUGAAACCAGAAGAGGUCUCUGAGGUUAUCAUUGGACAUGUUCUCACUGCAGGUCAAGGGCAGAACCCGGCACGUCAGGCCAGUGUUGCCGCUGGUAUCCCGUACUCUGUCCCUGCCUGGAGCUGCCAGAUGGUGUGUGGCUCUGGGCUUAAAGCGGUGUGUCUGGGAGCUCAGUCCAUCCAGUCUGGAGAGUCCACUGUGGUAGUAGCAGGGGGCAUGGAGAGCAUGAGCAGGGCUCCUCACACUCUGCAAAUGAGAGCAGGAGUGAAGAUGGGCGACGCCUCCCUGCAGGACUCCAUGGUUGCGGAUGGCCUGACCGAUGCCUUCCACAACUAUCACAUGGGAAUCACAGCUGAGAAUGUUGCGAAGCAGUGGGGAAUCAGUCGAGAGCAGCAGGACCUUUUUGCUGUCAAUUCUCAAAACAAAACCGAGGCGGCACAGAAAGCAGGGCAUUUUGAUCAGGAAAUUGUCCCCAUCACAGUGCCAUCCAGAAAAGGUCCUGUUGAGGUGAAGAUGGACGAGUUUCCUCGACACGAAAGCAACAUUGCAACCAUGUCCAAACUCAAACCGUGUUUUGUUAAGGACAGCAGUGGCACUGUCACAGCUGGAAACGCUUCAGGCAUAAAUGACGGAGCAGCAGCUACUGUUUUAAUGAGCCAAUCAGAGGCUUCGAGACGGGGCAUAAAACCCAUGGCCAAAAUUGUUUCAUGGGCUCAGGUAGGCCUGGACCCCUCUGUCAUGGGAACCGGGCCAAUACCAGCUAUUAGGAAAGCGGUGGAGAAAGCAGGCUGGAAGCUGGAUCAAGUUGAUUUAUUUGAGGUCAACGAAGCAUUUGCUGCACAGUCUCUUGCUGUGGUUAAGGAGCUCGGCCUGAAUGAAGACAAGGUGAAUGUGAGCGGCGGGGCCAUUUCUCUGGGCCAUCCCAUUGGCAUGUCAGGCUGCAGAGUCCUGGUUACGCUACUGCAUGGUCUGAACAGAACUGGAGGAAGAAGAGGCGUGGCUUCCCUCUGCAUUGGAGGAGGGAUGGGCGUCGCCAUGUGUGUGGAGAGGGUUUGAGAUACAAACUUCUUAAAGCUUAGAUUGCACUGGAUUUAUUUUUGGCUAAUUAAGGGAUUAUAAAAUCUGUUUACAUUGUUGGGUGAUGUAGAACAUGCUGUAAUGCAGUGGUCUUACCCCCCUCUCAUAAAAAAAAAGCCAUUAUCACUGUGAAUUUGAAUUUCUCAGCUUUUGGUGUUUGACUUAGUGAUCUUAAAAUAUUUAGUCUGAGCUGGAAAGUAAAGGUUUCUUAAACCUGUGCAGAUUACAGCCGUUAAGACUAUUCAGCUUCAGAAACAAAUUCCAAACUGUGAAGCUCAAUUUGCUACUUGGAGUACAGCUUUUAAACAAACACUGUCUUGUAAGGAUGUUUUUAAUUUUGCUGCAAUGAUUUAAGCCUUUAUUAGAAAGGUUUACAUUUCUCAACAUUCCAAUAUCAGCUUGUAGGAUAAAGAUCUUUCCUCAAAGUUGUGCAGAUAAAACAUGUCAGUGCCAAUAAUUAGCUGCCUUCUCUAAUCUAGUGCUUCCUGCAAACUUAACGAUUUACUGUAAUGCAAAUAGGUACGUGUUGAUAAUAAUGAAUAAAGAGUCAUUUACAGCCA